AUGCCGUCUAAUGCUCAGAUCUUCGCUCAAACCCAGAUUGACUCUUUGGUGCACCCCGUGACAAGGCCAGUGGUGCAAAGGAAACAUCAAAGGCCCCAAAACAAUGGCCUUUCCCAACCCCUGUCCCUUAUUCCCUCAGUCUGCCCCAGACGCCAUGCAAGCUCUGGAGCCCCAGGAGCCCCAGAGGGUGAGGGGGGCCAACCCAACCAACCUCCCAACCUCAGCAGCAACCGUCGUCUCCAACAGACACAGGCCCAAGUGGAUGAGGUGGUUGAUAUCAUGCGUGUGAAUGUGGACAAGGUUCUGGAAAGAGAUCAGAAGCUAUCAGAACUGGACGACCGGGCAGAUGCGCUGCAGGCCGGAGCAUCGCAGUUUGAGAGCAGUGCUGCGAAACUGAAAAAACAAGUAAACUGGUGGAAGGGAAAUUAA